GUUAGGUGCGCCUGCGUUGCCUCCUAAAUUAGAAUGCCGGCUUCAGUCGACCGCACGAGCAACACUCACAAUCAGUAAAUAUCGGUUAAGAGUGUGAUACAUUUCAACAUUUUCCACUUCACGAAAAAAAUGGGCAAACCAACGGUAACUCCUUGCUCCCCAUUCGAUCCCGUCGAAGAUUCGAAAGCGCUAAAACAAGCGUUUAAAGGUUUCGGUUCCGAUGAAGAAGCCAUCAUUAACAUUAUCGCUAAAAGAACUAAUGAUCAGCGUCAACAGAUUGCUAAAGAAUUUAAAACUAUGUAUGGAAAAGAUUUGAUUAAAGAAUUGAAAAGUGAGUUAAGGGGGAAUUUUGAAGAUGUUAUUAUUGCUUUGAUGACGAAUCCUGUGGAGUUUCAAGCUAAGCAGCUUCAUAAAUCCAUCAGUGGAUUGGGUACUGAUGAAGAUACCAUUGUUGAAAUUUUGGGUGUUCAUAAUAAUAAUGAAGUUAUUGCAAUUAGAGAGGUUUACGAAGGCUUGUAUCAAACUUCGCUUGAAAAAGAUUUAAAAGGUGAUACAUCAGGAACAGUUAAAAGACUGUUUGUGUCAUUGGCAACAGGUCAUAGAGAUGAAUCCGAAGCAACUGAUAAAGAAACUGCUUACAAAGAUGCACAAACUUUACUACGUGCUGGUGAACUAUUCCAUGGAACUGAUGAAUCCACUUUUAAUGCCAUUUUAUGCCAAAGAAACCGAUCGCAACUUCGCCUCAUUUUUGAUGAAUACGAAAAACUUACAGAUCAUUGUUUUGAAACUGCCAUCGAUAACGAAUUUUCAGGAACAGCUAAAGAUACACUUAUGGAUUUAAUUAAAUGUAUUAGGGAUAGGAUUGGAUACAUUGCCGAAAGACUCCAUAAAAGUAUGGAUCGAAUCGGAACUGAUGAUCGUACUUUGAUUCGUUUGGUUGUAUCAAGGUCAGAAAUUGAUUUGGGGGAUAUUAAAGAAGUGUUUGAGGAAAAAUAUGGAAAGUCUUUAGCUGAUUUUAUUAGGGAUGAUACUUCAGGGGAUUAUAAAAAAUGUUUAUUAGAAAUUGUUGGAUAAAUUACAUCACCCAGGGUAUUAUUAUUAUUAUUAAUAUAAAAUGACUCAACAUUUUUUAAUCAUUGCAUAGUUGAAAGUGCUUUAUUUUCUAUAAGUUGUGUAUUUUACAUGAUUCAUGAGACUAUGACAAUAAAGGUAUGGAAUCUAUAGAAUUA